AUGGGAUGCUGCUUGAGCGCCGGGAAAGUCACAGCUCCGCCUGUCGCCGCCGCAAAGGAUCCUCCACCCAUUGAAGAAGAAACCGUGAAGGAGGUCGUCGUCCAGUCGGUCUCCGUCUCGGUCCCUGUCUCAGUCCCUGUCCCUGUCCCCGACCCCGACCCUGACACCCCAAUCUCCGUCCCGGACAUCGUUACCUCCGCACCUGCAGUCUCAGAUUCAGAAGCUCACCGCCCUCCUCCUUCUCCCUCAAUCCCUUCUCCUGAGAUCUCUCACAACAAGUCCGACAUUGGCAGCGUCUCUCAGAGCUUCUCCACCGCCACUACUGCUACUGCUGCUUCCAUCCUUGAAGACGACGCUCUCAGCAAACCCCACCGACCUCUCCCUCCUCCUUCUACCUCUCGCCGCAACAUGUCUGACAGAAUCUCCAGAUCUCCCGGAGGACGACACUCGCCUCAGGGGAAGCUCCGUCCCAGGUUAGUCCGAGAGAGACAAUCUAAUCAACCAAACCCUACCCACAACCGUCGAAAUGUGGAUUCGGGGCCUCUUCCACGGAGCGGGUUACUUGAAGGUUCGAGGCGUCGCUCACGGUCUCCGGCCACUCGUGUCCCGACUUCCGCAAGAAGAAGCCCCAUGAAGAAGCGAGAAGCAGCUCCGGCGGAGAAAGACGAAGCAGAGGUGAAGGUGAAGAAGGAAGAGGAGAAAGUAGCUGUUGAGGUAAAGAAGGAAGAAGAUGUAGCCGUUGGGGACCCUGAAGUGUCUAUGGAGUGCUUCAUCUUUCUCUGA